UAGGGUUUUUUCUCACCUCAAAAUUUUCCCCAAUUCUUAACUUUCUCUCUCCUCAAAUUCUCUAUUUCUCUCUCUUCAAUCGACUUUCUCUCUCAUCGAUUUCGAAGCUUUUUGCAAUGGAAACUGAACGAGUUACCGAGUUUCCUAUGACUCAUCUUGAUCGUCGUCCCAGGAAGCGACCUCGUCUGGGAUGGGAUGUUGCUCCUCAAACUACCAAGGCUCCAAUAGGUAUAUUUUGUGGACAAGAGAUUGGGAAUGUUUCAAGCUUUGCACCGUCAGCUGCACUUUCGGAACAUUCUAGUCCCCUGUUUAGCAAGGGAGUGGCAAGAAAUGGUUCUCCCCCGUGGAGGGAAGAUGACAAAGAUGGACAUUACAUGUUUGAGCUUGGAGAUGAUUUAACUUCUCGCUAUAAGGUCCACAGCAAAAUGGGUGAAGGUACCUUUGGUAGGGUAUUGGAGUGCUGGGAUCGUGAGAGGAAAGAAAUGGUGGCAAUAAAGAUUGUACGUGGCAUUAAAAAGUACCGUGAGGCAGCAAUGAUUGAAAUUGAUGUUUUGCAACAGCUUGGUAAACAUGAUAAAGGAGGCAAUCGUUGUGUGCAAUUACGGAACUGGUUUGACUAUCGUAACCAUAUCUGUAUUGUCUUUGAGAAGCUUGGACCAAGCUUAUACGAUUUCCUUCGCAAAAACAAUUACCGCACCUUUCCCAUUGAUCAUGUCCGUGAGAUUGGAAGACAACUGUUGGAGUGUGUAGCAUUUAUGCAUGACCUUCAUCUUAUACACACUGAUUUGAAGCCUGAGAAUGUGCUAUUAGUCUCACCAGACUAUGUUAAGGUCCCUGAUUACAAGGGUUCUUCUCGAUCACCCAAGGAUAGCUCAUAUUACAAGAGAGUGCCCAAGUCAAGUGCUAUAAAAGUCAUUGAUUUUGGAAGCACUACAUAUAAACGUGCAGAUCAGAAUUAUAUAGUGUCAACUCGACAUUAUAGGGCUCCUGAAGUUAUUCUUGGCCUUGGUUGGAGUUACCCAUGUGAUGUUUGGAGUGUCGGUUGUAUCCUUGUGGAACUCUGUUCUGGGGAAGCCUUGUUCCAGACACAUGAAAAUUUGGAACAUCUUGCAAUGAUGGAGAGGGUGCUCGGUCCAUUGCCACAGCAUAUGCUUAAGAGAUUAGAUCGGCAUGCUGAGAAGUAUGUUAGAAGAGGUAGAUUGGACUGGCCAGAAGGUGCAGCUUCUCGGGAGAGUGUUAGGGCAGUUUCAAAGCUUCUACGGCUCCAGAACCUUGUAAUGCAGCAUGUGGAUCAUUCUGGUGGUGAUUUCAUACACCUUCUACAAGGUCUGCUUAGAUACGAUCCGUUGGAGAGGCUCACAGCUCGUGAAGCUCUCCGACAUCCAUUCUUUUCUCGUGAUAAUCUCAGGCGGUGAAAUGUACAAAUCUGGGUGCCAUCUAGUUUAAAGAAGAGGGAACUUGUUAUCCGUCAAGAAAGUGGUGAAGAAGAUGUUUAUAAUUCUUGUGCCCAACUCUUAUAUUGUAAAAGUUGCCACAUGAUGGAUUACAAGUUCUGCUUGUGCUGGUCGAGUUUUGUAUUCUAACCUAUCCUUGAGGCACAUGUCUCAAAAGUGUAUAUAUACUUUUUUUGGUCACAGUGCUGUAAAGAGUAUUGUUGUAUUGAUUUUCUUUAUAUAACAACACUGGAGUUUGGUAUUUGAAAUAAAAAUUCCCUUAAUAUCUGCAUUUUG